CUCCAGCUCUUCGAUCCAGUCACUCAUUUAGAAAACAACACUUGUUCCAAUACCAACUUUUAUUCACCCGUUUAACUCGUAUCAAACUAUUGUUGCACUCUUCCAACUCGACCAAUCAAAAUGCAGAUCUCUGGACUCUUCUCCAUUCUCGCCGCCGUUGGUGUUGUGGCCGCGUUGCCUAGCAACACCUCCUGCCCGGGCGCUACUAUCGACUACGUCGUGAAGAGCAACGACACUUUGACCUCGAUCGCCAAUGAGUACAAGUCGGGCAUCUGCCAGAUCUCUUCGCUCAACAAACUCAGCAACCCCAACUACGUCCUUGCCGGCACUACCCUGAAGGUUCCGACCAGCCUCUGCGAUCCCGACAACUCCUCCUGCCUGCCCUCCUCGGGUGGCGACGCCCCAUGUGUCAUCAAAGGACCCGAUAGCUGGACCGUCCAGUCAGGCGAAACUUUCUACAUCAUCGCCCAGAAGCUUGGCCUCAACUACCGCGUUCUGGAAGCUGUUAACCCGGAUGUCGUGGCUACGGACAUCGCCAUCGGCCAGGUCAUCGACGUUCCUGUCUGCCCCUGUGCCUAGUUUAGUGCUUUUGGGCUGUUCAUCUGUUUGGAGAGCUUCGGUGUUAAAUUGAUGCAUCUUCCAAAUACGAGAGCUUGACGAUCAGCUUGACGAUCGUCGCGCCAAGGUUAUAAUAU